GAGGGACGGGCCGAGCGCCGUUUCCCAGGCGCGGAAACGCGCAUGUGCAUGGGCUUGGACUUCGUCCUUUUCUUCGCAAGCUGAACGCGGAAGUGCGGGACCUGAGGCAUUUCAGGUGCUCGGAUUCUGGCGCGGCUACUGGUGCGAAAUGGAGGUGGACGCGGCCUCAGAAGGUGGUCGGAGCGGCCCCCGGGAGCGGCGAGGCUUCGGUGAAGCCGAGAGGCAGCAGCAAGACCACGAAGUGCGGUCUCAGUCCGGGGCCGCCCUGUCUCCCAAACACUCCUAUUGGUUGGAUCUCUGGCUCUUCAUCCUCUUCGACGUGAUAUUGUUUUUCUUCGUGUAUUUUCUGCCAUGAAUGGUUUGCCCGAUACCUAAAGAAUUCUGGCUACUGGAGUGGAUUCCUGAAGAUGACUACAGACUCCUUCAACAAAGAAGAAGGGGCUGUGCACCAGAAGGAUAUCAAACUCGAAGGGACCCUCAUUUCAUUUUACACAUUCUGUUGUUAUCUGUGGGUGAGAUGGGGUGGGAGAAAGGGUAUUAAAUGGAUAAUGAUCUCACCCAGUCAUAGCUAAGUUUGUAAAACUUGACUUUGAUUCAUGUUUUAAAAUUUUUUUUCUAAUUGUCUGAUGACUUUACAGGGGCUGAAUAUAAAAAGUAUUUUACAUGGGAUUUAUUAUAGUCAUUAAUAAAUACAUUAAUGUUUUUCUCUUUAACAUUUUAAGAGCUGGCCAGAGUUUAGUAUGAUGCAGAUAAUACAGUAAAAUAAUGUGAAAUUAUUUAAAAACAAAUUAUUCAAAAGCAAGGGAAGAACUUGGGAAAAAAAGGAGUAAAAGCUAUACAAGAAAGUCGAGGCCCACAAUGUAUUUGCUGCAAACGCCAGUUUAAUUUUUAAGUGGCCCUCUGUUAUGGUUGCUAGGUUGGUACAAUUUUAGAGAAAGUAUAUAGUAUCCAGUGGUGGAAGGCUAGAGCACCUGGAUGCUUCCCCUCACUUUUAAGCUCUUGAACUCAGUGAAACACAACUAUGUGUUUCAAACCUAAUUUUUAUUAGGUUUGCAUUAAGAAUGCUUGUGGCCAAAACAUGUUUAUUAUAAUGUCUAUAACUUUUAAUACUUCAGCAAAGUCACCAUAUUUACUCAUUGAGCAAAUAUUUGCGCAAUUACUAUGGGCCAGGUACAGCACUGAACAAAACAAAAAUCCUUGCCUUCAUGGAGUUUACAUUCUUUAUCUAAAUAUGUUAAUAAUUUUAUUUCUAAGAGUGAUCAGUUAGUAUUUAAUCAAAAAGGUCACACUCCCAAAGUAGCUACUAUAAGCCCUUCAGAAGCUAUUCCUAUUGUAUGUAUAACAGAUAUUAGAAAUGGGCUCUCCUUGAAAUUGGUGAUACUUUAUAUAUUGGAAUUGCCUAAAUGUUUUUCAGUUCCCUUAGAAACGGUGUAGGUCUGGUAAACUUACCAUCCCCUACUUUUUUAGAAUGGGUUUAGGUUAGUGUGAAAUCUGGGAUUGAUUUUGGAGGACUUUAGCCUAAUGCCGACUAUGAGGUUAACAGUUAUGCCAUCAGAGAACCUGGUAAAUCUGCCUGAAGAGAACAUUUUAGGCUUGAAGCAUCUA